CAUUGAAAAUAAUUUGUAAACGAUUUCUUUAAAAUACGCUCAAUUCUUUUGAGUGACGAAAGUCGCAGACCAUGACCACGCCCCCUCAUCGUUGCCUGGCAACCUUCGUCCGCCAAGCCAAACAAUUUGCCGGUUCGGCGCGGAAGGACGACAGAGCCGGCUAGUGGAGGACAGCAUGAGCUCGGUGGCGUUGUCGGCCGUUCUGGACAAGCACAUUCGCCGCCUGUGUCUCGACCAGUUUCCCUGUGGUAAAGGCAGCUGGAGGAAGGACGGCGGCAGUGAGGCUGAGGCAGUGACGGAGGACACGGACGCGCUGCUGGACCUGUUAAACUGCCCGCACUCUCCGUGGCACCACGACGAGCCGUGGAGCCCGCAGGCCGCCGCCCUCCAGCGUGUGGCCGUGGUGGAGCCAGAGCGACUGGACGCCGACUUUGUGUGCAGCUACUUCAGGAAGCUGCGGAUUGUCGACAAGGACGUGUCUGUGGUCGACAACUACCUGCUGAAGUUCUGCAACUUGCAGGAACUUGUGCUCAGCGCCAACCGCAUCAGCGAAAUCUCGGCCGAGAACCUUCCCAGGACGCUUAAGGUGUUGGAGCUGCGUGCCAACCAGCUGUGCGCUCUGGGCCGCCUGGCCAUCUCUCCGCCCCCUCGCCUGCAGUACCUCGGGCUGGCCGCCAAUCGUCUGGGAUCCCAUCGAGACGUCACCCUGCUCACAGGAAAACAAUGGCCUGAGCUGGUGUGUCUGGACCUGAGCGAGUGCGACUUCAGAGAACAGCGCCCCCUGCUGAAGGCGCUGGGUACGCUGCCGUGUCUGCGGACCCUGGUGCUGGAGGGAAACCCAUUCACGCUGGCACCCUCGUACCCUGGCUUUGCCGUGAACGCCCUUCCCCGACUCUCCUACCUAGAUGCGGCGUGGAUCGCCCCCGAGGAGCGGCACCGCUACAGGGGAAUGGCCAACAUGAGCCACCUUCUGGUGGACUGGGCGUCAGCCACCGUGCGCGUGGGCGUGAUGCAGGGGGUCCCGGACCCGCAGGACGACGACCCUGACGCUCCGGAGUUCCCGGUGGUCAGCUACAGCUACGUCAUCUCGUACAUGUUCUUCAGUCACCAGACCACCGCCUACCAGGAAGUUGUGAUUGGUGGUCCGGCGAAGCGUCAGAGUCAGGACCAGGGUGCCGAGCCAACUCAGUCGCUUAACAAGAAGAGUGUAAAAGAGAUUGUGGUGGUCAACCUGGCAGACUGCGGCGAGGAUCAAACUUCCUCCUCCUGUGAGUCGCGAUACAACACGUCGUCUCAGCCGUGGGCCGACUGCGUUGACUAUGGCCACGUGCUGACGUUUGUCGUGCGAGACCUGAGCAGCUUCAAGAAGUUCCUCCAUCGAGGAUUUUUCAUUUUUAUCGAGCAGGAAAAGAUCCUGUCGUGGCCUGCGGAGGUCACAGACGAUUCCGGACAAGGUGCCACUGACAAGAAAGGGAAAAAACCCAAGACUACAAAAGACAAGCGAAAGAAAUCUGUGGUGGAGUUGGUGGCGGACCCGCCUGUGACCACGGUGGUGGCAUCCUCGCACGUGUCCCUGCGCGGCCUUCUCGGCGGAUAUCAGAAAGUGGACAUCCUUUGCGACUUUGGCUCAAUGCACAAAGAUCCUCCGGUGGAAGAAGCUUCCGUUACGGACGAGAACGUGAGCGUGGACAGCAAAUCCAAGGACGAUUCCAAGAAGAAAGGAAACCGUGCUGGAUUCAAGAAACCUGGCAAAGGGAUGCGGCGCGAGGAGAGCAACGCCGACACGCCGAGCCAUCCCGAGACGGUCACGGUGGAGCUGAGCGUGGAGCUGAAAAAGUGGCGCCACGCCUCCGAGGUGGCGCCGCUGGUGCCCGCCAACUCCUGAGGCAAGACGCACUCUGACUUUCAUUUUGACACACUUUUAUUUGUACAGAAAAGCCAAAGUAGAAAGAAGAAGCAAGGAAGUGCUUUCAAGUAUUCUGCCUGCAUGCGCCUCACCAAAAUUCAAUAAAAAAAGUAUUUUCAGGCAUAGAAAAGAAAUGCACUAUGGCUCCCAAAUUGUCACACCAUUGUAUCCUUCACAAAGAAUCAUUUGUGGGGAUUUAUAGUUCUUUAUCUCUAUAUACACACUGCUCACAACAAGUUUGGGAUAUGGUAAAACUUCUGUAUGAAUCAAGAUUGCACUCUAACUUCGGCAGCUGACCUUAAAUAGCUCUGUUCCUUUCAUUUCCGGGCUUCCAUUUUCAUUUCUGCCACCUCCGGUUCCUCCAAAUUAGGAUGUCUGUAAAGCUUAUAGCCACUUUUAAGCUGAGGCAAAAAUGUCGGCCUAUAUCCCGAGGUUUUUUUUUUUUUUUUGCCACGAGUGUGACAAGCUGUGCAAACAAGGAUGCCACGUUCUAGCCCUCAAGUCGCUUUUUUUGAACGAUGGACGGAAAACCCGAGGCGGGCCGCGUUUAGAAGGUUCGGUCGUCAUUGCAGUCGUGGCUCCAGUGGCCAAAGAGCUCGCAAAUGUCGCAGUAGGGCCGCUCGGCGCCCUUGCUGCCAUGGUAGGCGGUGUGCGGCGGAGUGUCGGGCGUUUGCGCCUGCGCCGGGCAGUCCUCCGUGUCAUGGCGGUCGAAGCAGUCGCAGAUGUCGCAGAAUAGUCGAGGAGGGGGCUUCUUCUUUUUCUUCUUCUUCUUCUUCUUGCUGCUCUCCUUGUCCUCCCUACACAAAGCAUUAGGGUACACUUUUAGUUUACAAUUGAGCACAAUCGAAUUUUCGCAACACAAUAUUUCUUUUCUUACAGUAGUCACAUAAUUGAUUCCUGCUAUUUUGUCAAAACACAGGAUUAAUACUAGAUGGUCAAUGAUUCCAUUUUUACUGACCCGUCGUCGUCGUCCAACUCACUGGCGUUGUUCCCGUUGAGCGCAGCGGCGGCCAGUUUCUCCAACUGGUCCUUGAGGUCCAAAUUGUUCUUCCGCAGGUCAACGAUGACCGAAUUCAAGAAGUCAAUCUGGCCCCCCCCCCCGAAACAUCAACAAGAAAUUAAUGACUACUCCAAAGACACGUACUGUAUGACUCGGGAUGGGCAUUUGCAGGAAUUGAUCUUAAAGGUGAAAGGUUCCGUUUGAUGUACCCACUUAAAAAUUCACACCUUGAAAUCUACUUUGUACAAUUGUAUAAAAAUCAAUUGUCUUACACAAAAAUAUUGUUUACAUAACAGCGACAACAUUGCUGCAAUUACUGUAUGUACUGUAAUUUCCAAAGAUGAAAUGCUUAUAUUUGUUUAUGCAUUGGGAAUGCAAUCUUGCACAUCUAAGAAAAAUGUUACAAAAAGGAUAUAAUUGUAAAAGUACAUCUCAAUGAUUGCAUGCCCAUCUCGAAGCAACUAUUUCUGUCAAGUGAGUGUGAACUCAAACAAAGGCAAAUGAGUGAUGACCACCCCAACACACUCGGAAUCCCCGUGAUGACUUCACUUAUAUUUAAAGGGGACAUAUUAUGGACAACCUAAACAAUGCCAAAACGGUAAGCAGAGCUGCAGUGCUAACGUUAGCAUUAGCUAGCAGCAGAUCUUAUGUUUGGUCAUGUGCCACAACCACUACACUAAUUGACAAGUGGAAUUUGGCAGUCACUCAGGAACAAUUUGGAAUUGUGUGGGCAAUAAAAAGCAUAACAGGUCUCCUUUAAGUGACACAUGCUCGCAUGCACGAGUGAAGCUGACGACAAGAACAAAAAAAAAACAUGAACAAACCGCUGCCUGAUGGUUCUGCAGCAUUGCAGACAGAGCACAGCAUUGGGGUGAACGGAGGAGAGGAAGAAAAUAGCAGGUUCAAAUUAGAAUACAAUACGCACACACAAAAUGGGACAGUAUGACAUUUUAGAGGUUGGGCGGACACAUCAUUAGGCACACCUGCGCAAUCUCUGGACAUCCAACCAUCCUCACAAAAUGAGCCUUGAUGAAGAUGAUGCUACAUUUUCAGGGGGAUAAAUAUUGGGGAAAAUUUAACUAUUUUCAUUCGUUUGGCGCUGCGCUGCGGUUGCGCAAUCGGACAAAAAUGCGCAAAUGAAAAAAAUGCUUUAAAAAGGCGUUUUUUUCUUUUCUUUUUUGCUUGGAACGGAUUUUUUCCCCCCAUUAUUUGUAAUGGGAAAACAUGAUUUGGAAUUCGAACGAUUCACUUCUCAAAUAGCCUUCUGGAACGGAUUGUGGUCGAAAACCAUGGCUCCACUG